CAAGCGCCCUUCGUUCGCGACAGACCUUUUUUUUCAACGCUCUUGUGCAUCGAAGUUUCUUCUUUCUGUUGCGAAUAUAUUUUGCAUUUACGCAAGAUGGCUUCGCACAGAAGAAAUACUCUAGUCGUGGACUUCGGGGUAUUACCGAAGCGACCCGGCUUACAACAAGUCGAAAAAUUCCUUAAGGAAUUCGUUAAAGUUGACAUGGCUGAUGUGAGAAACAUUCAGCUGCACAACAUCAAAAACUGUCUGUUCAUUGAAAUGAAUGACGCAGGCGUAGCCCCACGGCUACAGAAGCAGCACCAUCUUCAGCACUAUUUCACGCUCGAAGGAAUCAGGUAUUACGUCCCCGUAUACGUGGAUGGCCCUACUACCACCGUUAGGAUCCACGAUCUCCCACCCCAAAUGGACAACGAUGUCAUCUCCGACCACAUGCAGCAAUACGGGCAAGUAAUUUCCAUUAAAAAUGAAGUGUGGAAGAAUUAUUUCUCUGGGAUACCGAACGGCGUUAGAAUUGUUCGUAUGCGGAUGGACAAGCCGAUACCAUCGCAUAUUGUAGUGAACAACCACAGCACAUACGUUAGCUGCGCAAACAAAAGCAACCCAACGACGACGGCCCGCGGUACAAAAAAGCAACAACAAAAUACACCAUCCAGCUCGGCUCAUGAGCGCGAUAUCCAACACGACAAAGAAUCACAGGCGGCUCAAAUUGAUGAUGACCACAGCGACGAAGAGAAUGACAACAACGACGAUCACGAAUGGAGUAACGAGAACUAUACAGCGACAGAAAAUACCGAUGAUACAGCGAAGCGGCGAUUGUCAACCGAGUCAAAUGGAACGGAGGAAGAAAAUGCAGCAAAGCGAUCAUGUAAUCCGGGCACCCAGAAAACCGAUUCAGAGUGGCAAAUGAUCACAAGAUCGAAGAAAAAGAGUUACAUUGUAUUAAAAUCUAAUUAAAAGUCGAAAUAAAUGAUACGACACGAAUGCACCUUUUGGUGUAAAGUGUCGCUAAUUAAAGCAAAAAAAAAAAAA